CUCGUUUUAUUUUCUGGUACUCUAUAAUAUUUAAUUUGAGGGGAAUAACUGCUACACAAGAAAAAAAAAAAAAGUGGAAUGUAAGGCUACAUAUCUUAGAUAUUUUAAUUUCAAAUGCAGAUUGUUGUCAUAUACCAAAUAGCUAUAACUCUGGAUACGGCGUAAUGUGUUUCCUGGCGGUUCCUGGUAGCAAAACAAGGCUACCCAUGGUUUAAGGACCCAUCAACACGAGCUUCAUGUUUGCUUUUCCUGUGAGGCAUGCUUGAAAGACUACAGCUAUGAAGUCCAAGGGGAAGAAGAGACAGGACGACUUCCAGAAAGUCAAGCUGAAGGUGGGAAAGAAGAAGCCCAAAGCAGAUAAUGCCACCAAUACCAACUUCCGCUCCAAGGGAAUCCAUCUCUCUGAACAGUUGAAAAGAGAUAGCGGCCCAACCACAAAUAGACAGCUCGGCAUCAAUGACCUGCUGUCCCAGCUCCACCAUUACAGUGGCAACGUGAAGCUGAGUUCCUUGACGGGCUUGAGGGAGCUGCUGUUGAAGAACCCGUCGCUGCUGGAGCAGCACCUCUCCCGCCUCCUCUCUGAGGUGGCGGCCGUGUUCACAGACAAGGAUGCCAAUGUCCGCAUUGCAGCCACAAAGUUGCUCAGGUUUCUUGCCCAGUGUGUAUCAGCAGAGAGAGUGGCUCCAUUCUUCCCCCUCCUUAGUGCUCACCUGUCCUGUGCCAUGACACACAUUGAGGGGGGAAUCCAGGAGGAUGCCCUGAAGGUCCUAGACGUAUUGCUCGAACACUACCCUGCCCUUCUCGCAUCGCGGCCUUCUGUCCUCCUCACAAACUUCCUGGAGCUGAUUUCCCACCGACGCAGCGGCGGCGGCAGCAGUAGUGGGGGGAGCAAGAAGCCCCAGGAUACUAUGGGGAGUAGAUGGGCGCUUACAGUCAACCCCAGCAAGGCUAUGACUGGUCAGCAAUGGCGACUCACUGUGCUCCUCAGGCUGGGGCUUUUUAUUCAGGCAGUAGUAGACGAGAGUCCGACCGAGGAGGGAGAUAUGUGCAGCCCAAGUGAAGGGGUGUUUGGUUCCAACGAGGAGGGAGGGCUGAUCCCCCUGGAUCUCAACUGGGAAGAGCUCACCUACAGCAGGACAGAGGUCAAGGUUUAUGAGCAUUCAGGAGCCAUCCCAACUCCCCAUUCCACCUUCAGGCUCCGGCCAGAGGUGGAGCUUGGAGCCGGAGUAGGGGAGGGCCUGGGCUCUGCUGAAGCAGUUCAGAACUUUGCCGCCACCCUGGUGCCCCUGCUGCUGGAGGUGUGGGUGGAGGCCACUGCCACUGACUCUACAUGGAACAGCAGCGAGGGGGCCCAGCUGCUUACCCCGGAUGCAAUGUCCAUCAUGUUCCAGGUGCUGUCCAUCCUGCAGCUGCUGAGGAAACUGGCUCCACAGAAGGAGCACCAGGACAUACUGGACACCUGGUUCCGCAGCGAAUACCUGGAGAAUUUUAAACAGCACUUCAUGAAAAACUUUCCCUAUGGCGUCCUAGACGCCCCGAAGCAGCGGAGAAAGCCUGAUCUCAAGAGAAUGAAGCAGAUGCCGGCUCUCCCCGCGCCUACGGUGGAGCCCCUGGGACUCAACAUCACCUUGUGCCAGGUGAUGGUGGCCCUCAGCCAGCGGCAGGACGCCGGCAAGGACAAAGACGCCGACUGGCUGCUGCCCCUCAGGACGUUUGUCCGCGACACCCUGGCCAACGGAGUGAAGCUCAGCUACAAGCAGCUCCACAUGCUGCUGGAGGCCGUGUGGAAGAUGUUGCUCAAGGAGAGCAGCAGAGCCCUGACUGAGGACCUCUUGGCUGCGGUUUACAUCCACUACCAGCAGAGGAAACUGACUCUACCGACCCGGUCAUUACUGUUGUCCUUCUUCAGCAAGCUCUAUCUCCAGGAACAAGGACACGCACACAUAGCCAGGAGUAGGGUGCUGGGUCGAUGGCUGGCCGCUCUCCCCAUUCAGCUGUGCCAACUGGGCCACCGUAACCCGGCGCUGUCUGCCAGGCUCAUCCUGUCCAUCCAGGCCGCUGCCUCCAGGGGCAACAAGGAACUGCUCAGCAGUCUGCAGAGCAACGCCUGCAGGAUCUAUGAUCCCCAGGAAGGGGUGGCCGUGCUGCUGCCCGCCAAGUCCCAACAGCGCCUGGUGCAGCUGCUGUACUUCCUACCCAAGAUGCCCCAGCCCCUGCUGGCCAACCUGAGCCGCUGCUGCACUGCAGGGCGCAUCUCUGCGGGCCUGGCGGCCUCCCUGAUCCGCAUCAUACACCUCAGGUCCUCUCUGAGUGGCUGGAGCAUUGGCAGCCAGGACACCGCUCUGCAGGACGUGGACUACGUCAGCUUCCUCUUCUCAACGCUGACCGGAUUCUCCUCUGAAGACCUGGCCUCGCUGCAGGACGCCCCCGAUGACAGCACCCUCCCGCCCUCCCCCCUGUCCCCCCUCAGCCUCUACCCCACCCUCCUGGAGCAGUUCACACACCACUGGGACGUGGUCGAGGAGGUCUGCCAUUGUCUCGAGACAUUCGGAUCACAGUCGCAAUGCUUUGACAUUCUGCAGAAUGCCAUCUGCAAAUACCUGGGUAAGCUGGGCGUGGUGCCUGACAGCCUGGCUGCGGGGCUGCUCAGAGCGGUGUCCAGGCUGCUGGAGCUGUCCGUGCUGCCCAGUGAGCCCAUGCUGCACUUCCUGGCCCAGUGCUGCCUCAGCCUGCUGGCCCUACUCGUCACCCUCCAGCAGGAGGCGCCCUCACAGACCACACACAAGAGGGAGGCGAUAUGGAGCGCGUGUGUGUCCGCGCUGGCCAACGUGCCGCGGCUGCUGCGUGCCAUCCUGCAGGCGCUGCGGGUCGGGGACCUGUGUGAAGAGGAGCUGCCGCAGCUGGGCCAGAUCCUGUCCAUGAUGCUGCAGCACACGCCGCUCCGCAGCCACCUGCUGGCCAACACGGCCCUGCUGCAGCACAUCAUCCAGGAGCUCACGAGGUACUCUCACGGGGAGACCAGGGAGCAGUGGCUGACGGACCUGCUGUAUUGUUACAGCGUCACCAUGGCCCACGCCUCCACCGCUCACCGCGGGAGCCUGGGGCUGAGGGACAUGUACUGACCCGACCAGCGAGGACCAAACCCAGCCCUGCUUCCCUUCACCAUCACCCUGGAUCUGGAUGUGACGGCGCUCAUUCAAACGCAAUGCAAGGGAAAUGUUUAGAAACAGACGAUGGAAUUCUUAUUGUGAUAAGGAUUAAGUAUUUCUUUUUUAAAACCAUGCCUUGACUUUUUUGAUCAUUCUUGUUUUUGCAUUUGUAAAACGCAACAUUGUAAUGCUGUAUGUUGGCUUAUCUGUCUGAAUUUUCUAAAAUUAAAUGAAAAGGAAAAAGCAAAAAAACGUUUUCAAUUUGUUUA